AUGGCAGAGCACAAGGAUGUCUCGUCCUUGACGGACGCCUCGGAGCAGCAACGCUUCGAGGAUGAGGUCAAGUCAAUCCAGAAAUGGUGGACGGAUUCUCGAUGGAGAUACACCCGACGUCCUUACACGGCGGAGCAGAUCGCGAGUAAGAGGGGAAACUUGAAGAUCGAGUGGGCGAGUAAUACUAUGUCGAAGAAGAUGUGGAGGUUGCUCGAGGGCAAGUUUGCUAACCGAGACGUGAGCGCAACAUUCGGCUGUCUCGAUCCCGUCAUGGUCACACAAAUGGCCCAGUAUCUGGAAACUGUCUACGUCUCCGGCUGGCAAUCAUCUUCUACGGCCUCCGCGACAGACGAGCCCGGUCCAGAUCUUGCAGAUUACCCUUACGACACGGUGCCAAACAAAGUCCAGCACUUGUUCAAGGCACAACUUUUCCACGACCGCAAACAACGCCAGGAACGCCUCGAAGUCGCAGCGGCAGAUCGAUCGAAAGUCGCCAAUGUAGACUACUUGAGGCCGAUCAUAGCGGACGCAGACACGGGACAUGGUGGCUUGACAGCAGUGAUGAAGCUCACACAAAUGUUCGUCGAGAAGGGUGCAGCUGGGAUCCACAUCGAGGAUCAAAUGCCCGGAACCAAGAAGUGCGGACACAUGGCUGGAAAGGUCUUGGUGCCUAUUAGCGAACACAUCAAUCGUCUUGUCGCCAUCCGUGCGCAAGCAGAUAUCAUGGGGUCUGAUCUCCUUGCCGUGGCUCGAACAGAUUCCGAAGCAGCGACUCUCAUCACCUCUACCAUCGACCCCAGAGACCACCCCUUCAUUCUCGGUUCUACGAACCCGGCAUUGCAACCAUUGAACGACCUCAUGCUCGCGGCUGAGCAAGCAGGAAAGCAGGGACCCGAGCUCCAAGCAAUCGAAGACUCAUGGAUGGCACAAGCAGGUCUCAAGCUCUUCGCUGCAGCAGUCGUAGACACCAUAAAUGCAGGCGUGCACGUCGACAAGGCUGGCUUGAUCUCCGACUUCCUCGCCAAAAGCAAGGGAAAGAGCCACUCGGAAGCUAAGGCUAUUGCUAAGGGCUUGACUGGCGUAGACGUCUACUUUGACUGGGACGCCCCAAGAGUACGAGAGGGAUACUACAGAAUCCAAGGUGGCUGCGCUUAUGGUGUCGCGAGAGCCAUUGCGUAUGCACCCUAUGCAGAUAUGAUAUGGAUGGAGAGCAAAUUGCCGGACUUCAAGCAGGCGAAGGAAUUUGCUGAUGGUGUGCACGCUGUCCGGCCCGAGCAGAAACUUUCUUACAACCUCUCACCCUCCUUCAACUGGAAGUCAGCCAUGCCCGCUAACGAACAGGAAACCUAUAUCAAGAGGCUCGCCAAGCUAGGAUACUGCUGGCAAUUCAUCACCCUCGCCGGUCUCCACAGCACCGCUCUGAUCUCCUCGUCAUUCGCGAAGGACUUCAGCAAGAGGGGUAUGAGAGCUUAUGGCGAGACGAUCCAGGAGCCGGAGAUGGAGCAGGGUGUGGAUGUUGUCAAGCAUCAGAAGUGGUCGGGAGCGAACUAUGUCGAUGAAUUGUUGAGGAUGGUGCAAGGUGGUGUCUCGAGUACGAGCGCUAUGGGUGCGGGUGUUACUGAGGAUCAAUUCAAGCACUGA